AUGGCGACUCCGGUGCUCGGCUACACUGAGAUGAUGAUACUCAUAUGGAUCAUGUGGGGAGCCGCCUUUGGGAUGACCGUCUUCCGAGGCACCUUCCAAUGGAUCCUCCAGCGGCGCCUCUUUGCCGACGACUACUUCAUCAUCGCCGGACUCGUGACUCUGACGGCCUUGACCGCAGUCAUCACUUGCAUGCUGCCGCAGUUCUACCUCGCCGGCGAGUAUACCAAGGCGGCUGCCAAAGAUCCCAUGACACCCGUGCCUUUAGGGCCCGAUGAGUUCAUUGCCAGAACGAUUGCAUCUCUCAAGUUGAUGUUCUGUCAGAUGCUGCUGUUCUGGACGACACUGUGGGCCGCAAAGUUCUCCAUUCUCUUCUUCGUACGAAGGCUGGUCACCGGACUGCCCAAAUACAUUCGCGCCUGGUGGAUGUGCUUCGGUGCGGUCCUGGUGCUGUAUCUAGCAUGCAUAUUUUCAAAUUUCUUGACAUGCACACCGUUGACGAAAUAUUGGAGUGCGACCGGGUGCAGUGCGCCAGAAGACCUAGUAAGAGCUGAUGCAUCCAUCAAGUUCGCGACUAGCGCAGAUGUUGCGGCAGAUAUUCUCAUCAUGAUCCUGCCUCUCAACCUCCUGCGCAAGCUGAGCACCUCCCCAUCCCACAAGUUCGGCCUAGCCAUCCUCUUCUCCCUCGGCGGCAUCAUCGUAGCCUUCGCCAUCGCGCGGCUCGCACAGGUGACGAAAGCCACAGGCGACGCAGCAAAGGACCCGACGACGGUGGCCAACGGGCCGGUGCUCCUGAGCAUGUGGAGCCACAUCGAGUCGUCCGUCAGCAUCAUCGUCGCCACGCUCCCCGCCUUCCGCUUCCUCCUCAGCAAGAACAGAAACGCGACGAGGAAGACGACGGCAAAGUACGUGGGUCCCACGAUUGGGGGCUCGGGCGGCAUGUCGCUGCGGUCGAGGAAGUGGCAGAAGGGUGCGGUACGGCUGGAAGGCGAGAGCGACGGCCGUGUCUCUUCGGCGCAGGACAGCGAGACGGAGCUGCAGCCGGUGAGGGGGAUACAGAAGGAUUUCGAGUACAAGGUUGAGCAGUUGCCUACUGACUCGUCUGCGGGGGAGACGAGGCGGAAGACUCAGGAGUUAAGUAUAUCUGCAUUUCCCUUCGUCGCUUCAUCGUUACAUCGCUCCAUCGCCCCCGUUGUACUAUUGCCGUUGUUCUUGUCAUACCUUCCUUCUACGUCUGUUGUGCAUAUCUGUCACCUUGCUACAGCCGACCCUUGCCUUACACAAUGUAUCUGGCGGAUUUACGAUGAUGGAGCAUCAGCAGACUUAAUCAUCGAUUCACACAGUCACAAGAUUUCAUAUUGA